GAGCGGCGCUGCUGGCCUUUCCCCCACGCAGCUCCCCGAUAGGCAAUGCCAAGCGCGCGCCUUUUCAGAGGCGCGAGGCUGAGACGUUACCUUACCCCUAGAGGGACGAGGCUGAGGCGCUGCCCCCACCCCCGGAGGCGCGAGACGGAGACGUUACCCCUACCCCCAGCAGGCUCGAGGCUCAGGAGCCGCUUUCCCGUCCCCCUCCCACUGGUGCGCGAGCUCGAGGCGUUUUCUCCGUCAAAGGCCGGGUCCAGCCAGCCGGCGGCAGCGCCGGCCGCUAGGUUUAUGGCGUUCGCUCAUUCUCGUUCCUUCCUGGGCGGCAGUUAGAGUCCGAAUUGCCCCUCCCCAAGGGGCCCGCCGCCGCCCCUCCCACCCGCAGUCCAUGGCGGGCGCGGAGGCGGGCGUCAUGCGGAGGGCCGGAGGUUUCGUGUCGGUAGUACUGGCCCUGGUGCUAGCCGCGAGGCUCCCCGCGCUCGGCCGGCCGCCGCCGCCGCUGGGUCGACUCCUUGCCCUGUGGGAGCUGUGGCCAGGUUAUAUAAAAGAGUGUCAGCUACUAUCAAUGGUAACAGUAAACAAUUCUUCAAAUAAAACAUCACAACUUGUGGACCCAGAACAAUCAACAUUGAAAAAAAAUCUAAUUUCUCAUGGUUUUUGGCAGAACACUUCUACGGUUGGAAGAAAUUACAAAAAAUUUAAAACAAAAUCAGAAGCAACUAGAAGAAAAACUGACAAAUACAAGCACCAAUGGAAGCUACUCAGAAAUAACAUUGUAAACAUUUUCAUGAAUCAAAACAAGCCACAACUAAUUACCAGUGAAGGCAUAAAAACACAAGUUUCCAAAAAGUGGACAGGAAGUGGAAAAAUAACUUCAACUGAAACAAAUGCAGAGCUAAUAGAAAAAGCAAGAAAGAUCCUAAAGCUUGGGAAAACUGAAAAUACUAAGAUAAGUCAACACAAAAUUAAUUCACAUCUACAGAAUGAAUUUAAAAUUGUUGAAAAGAAAACUGCAAAUAAAAGAAAGCAACCACAAAGAAAGUUGUGUGACAAUUCUGGUAUAUUUAACAAAUGCUUUGGAACUAAGUCAUCGUUGGUUAAUACAUUUUUGACAGCAAAUUUUCUAUCAACUGUUAAAGGAAAAUGUUGCAGAAAAAAUCUGAAAGACUUACAAAGCUUUUUGGUAUUAAAUUUAGUAAAAAAUCAGAUGGUCAAUGAAAAUAGUCAAAAUCAGACUAAAAUAAUGACUAAGGAAAAAAAUAAGUGUACCAAUGAAAGAAUUUUAGCAUUUGUCAAACAAAAGGAAUUAGCUGAAAAGAGUUCUAAAACAUGGGACUGGGAAAGAAUAGGUGCAAUCAGCAGAGAUCAGCAUAAAAUAUUAACUGAUGCAAGAAAAGUGUUAAUAAAUGCAGAAAAGAAAAGUCAACAUACUAAACUUCAGAAAUAUGGACAUAUACCUAAAGAGUUUCAGGAAAUAACUGGAUCUGUAAACAAUAUACCAAGUGGAAUAAGCAGUUGGAAAAGAAAAUCAGAAAGAAUGUCGACUAGGCCUUACAAGAAAAAACAAAACAUUUUAAACUCAAUGAAACAAAGAUCAGUAGGAUUACAAAAGGGUCAACCAAAUAUGAAAGACAUAGAUGGAGUGUACACAACUGGAAAAUCAGACAAAAAUAAUGGGAGCAUGGAUGUAUUGUUUAAUAGCUUGCCUGAAGUAGGAAUCAAAGUAAUACUUCAAGGUAAAGAGCAAAGAACUAAAGCAACUCCAAAAUCUGUUGAUGAAAAUCAGAGAUCUACACAAGCAAUGAUCUUGCAAAGAGGCAAAGAAAAUGUGCAGGAAAAGUGGUCAAUAUAUAAAACUGGUUCUUCUAGAACUCAUGAAAGAAAACAAGAUAUUUUUAAAACUGAAGCUUCUAGAAAACAGAAAUGGAGAGGGAAUCCGGUUGAAGUACAUAUACCUAAAAAAGAAAGUACUGUGUUUAGAGUGGAAGAGUUGGAAUAUUCAUCCAGAAAUGACCAUGUAGAACCUACAAAGUUAAAUUCUGUCUUUCCAACCACAAAGUAUGCUGUAAGUGUUAAACAGGCAUUAUUUACACCAGAAAUAGGACAAGCAAAGUCUUCAAGACACGUGGGAAAAAUGGUGACACAUAGCAUGUCAACUUCAUGGGAGGUAAAACAGAAAUAUUUAAGCUGUGCUCGAAAGGAUUUAAAUGUUAAAGCUAGAAGAGCUGCUGUAUCAAACAAACAAACUGUGAAUAGUAAAUAUAAAAAAAUCAAUAAAAGAGAUUAUUUACCAGUACCUUCAAUAUAUCCUUAUAAACACACUUCUCAAAGUGUAUCCGAUGGUGAAAGAAGGAAACAAUCAACACAGGGUGAAAGUGUAAAGGUAUCUGUAGGAUGGUACAAUAAAAGGAGAACAGUGAUUGACCCUUGCACAGAUAUGAAGGAAUGUGCAAAAGGGGUGUCCUCUUGUGUAACAGUGCAAGGACCUCCCACAGGACCAAUCUCUGGGCUCUGGGACAGAGACUGCUUGCUCCUGCUUCCCACUUCAUUCCACCAGGAGCAAGAUGCUAAAAAAGAAGCAUCGAGGAGGCAGGUUCAUAGUCUGAAGCUCACCCCUUUCCCACACCAGCCUAAUGGAUGGAGCAGAUUACACAUCCUCUGUAUCCUCAGAAAAGAUCUGGAAGGAAUUGUGUUUCAGGUAGACACAAUCCUGUGUGAUAAUCCUGAGGCUCCACACAUACCAUCUUCUAUGUAAUUGCCCUAAAAUUGCCACUGAACCUAUAGACUUGUGAUUGUGAUAUUGACGACAAAUGGUGAGGUGGCAAUGAAUUACCUAGAAUGGUAAGUAUAUACAUCUACAAAAGGAUGUGUUGCAAGAAAAAAAUUUAUGUACAGACAUCAUACAAUUGUUGUGUUGAAAAGAAAUCUGAGCCAGUUUUUCUCAACUAAGCAGAAACAUUUUCACUGGAUGAAAGUUACCCUAGUGACAGAGCCUACAUAAGAUCCAGUACACCUAAAGGGUGUAGGUGUUCGUUAGAGCCUUCUGUGAGCCCUGGUACUGGCAAAAUAUUUCACCUAUUAUAUAUAUAAACUAUAUUUUAAAAACAAGUUUUAAAAUUACAAUAAGGCUGCUGAAACAUUGCCACUAAUCCUCAUUAGAGAGGUUUAGUAAUUUUUAUAAUCUAUUUUUAAUUCACUUGUUAGAUAUCUUCGUGUAAAUGCAAAAUAAAAUACUAUAUCAAAGGCUGAAUGUUAUGACCACAGAGCCAAAUAUCUCUCUUCCUCCACCAAUGUCCAACUAUGAACAAUAAUUUUUUUUCAGUUAAAAAGCUAGUUUGAACAAGUACAUAAUGUUCUGCAUUCUAAAGGCUAUUUAACAUGGGCUUUGUUAGACUGAAUGGAAGUUCCAUAAAUUUUUUUCUCAUGUCACCUGGAGUUUAACCCUGGGACCAAGGAGAUUUGAGCUGUGCGGAUGAGGACAGGAAGCUGUCCCGGGGGAGUUGAAUUCCAUUCUGUUUAGUUCAUUGCAGUUAAUCAUUAGCACAGUGAAUUGCAUGUGAUAACUAACAGGAAGCUAAUUGAGGGUUUGGAGCAUUGGUCUUCUGUGUUCAUAGUGUCCGUGUCAUAUUUAAAAGAUAAAUAGUUUCAUUCAAGUUUAGGAAAACAGGAAUAUGGUCUUGCUGGAUUAUCUAGUCCUGUAUUCUGUUUCUGACAGUGGACAGUACCAAAUGCUUCAGAGAAAGAUGCAAGGAGAUUUUAAUAGACAAUUUUGAAACAACCUGCUCAUAAGGAAAGACUCUCCCUAAAUCUGAUCAGGGAUAGUUUAUAUCCCUUUUCUUUUUUAUCCUCUAUAAUAUAAAUAUGGGUGAUGUCAUUAUCCAUAUACACGUCUACUUUUAAAAAACUCCAACUAAGCUUUUGGCCUUGAUAUUUUGUGGCAGAGAGUUCCUUUGAUUAACUAAUAGUCUUAUGAAUUGUGUUAAAAAAAUAUUUAGUAAAAUGUGUAUGUGUGUAUA